ACUGCAAAUAAUUAGCAAUAUAUGGCUGAUCUUCUCUUUCUAUCUCUACUGUGUCUUCUAUCUCUUCUUCAACUCUCUUCUUGCUUUACUACUCUCUCCUCUGAAUGGUCUUCGGGUGGAGCUACUUGGUAUGGAGAUCGCAAUGGCUUCGGCAGCGAUGGAGGAGCAUGCGGGUAUGGAAAAGCUGUAGAGUCGGCUCCAUUUUCCUCCAUGAUAGCUGCAGGGAGCCCUUCUCUCUUUAAAUCUGGAGAGGGCUGCGGAGCUUGUUACCAAGUAAAGUGCACCAGCAAUGCCGCCUGCUCCGGCGACCCGGUGGCCGUCGUGAUCACCGAUGAGUGCCCGGGGGGCGCCUGUCUCUCCGAGCUAGCUCAUUUUGAUCUAAGCGGGACAGCCUUCGGUGCUAUGGCUGUCGCCGGAGAAGCCGACGAGCUCCGAAACGCCGGCGUCCUUCAGAUCAACUACAAGCGGGUUGAAUGCAACUACCCAGGCUUCGACGUCGCCUUCCACGUGGACGCCGGAUCAAACCCAAAUUACUUGGCAGUGCUCAUCGAGUACGAGGACGGCGAUGGCGACCUCGCCGGCGUAGAUCUGAAGCCGGCGGGCACCAGCAGCGACAGCUGGCUCCCCAUGCAGCAGUCAUGGGGAGCCGUCUGGAGACUGAACUCGGGCUCGGCGCUGAAAGCCCCGUUCUCUUUCCAGCUAACCUCAUUGUCGACUGGGAAGAUUUUGAUGGCAGACAAUGUGAUUCCGGCAGAGUGGCAGCCGGGGAUGACCUACAGGUCCCUUGUUAACUACAGCACGUAGCUUGUUGAUUAAUUAAAGCCUUAAUCCAUUACAAAUAGAUAUAAUUAUCCACCUAAUUAUAAGUCUGCUGCAGGGUUUCUCCUAUAUGUCAUGAGAACCGUUAAGUACUUAAAUCUUAUAUGAAUAAUGAAUGUGUAUUAAAUAGUUGUGGAGAGAAGUGGAGGUGGCUUUGAUAGAUCUCCCUGCAUCUUCAAACUUCACUGUAAAUCGUAAGGAUAUCAGACAUGAAAUAUUUCUCAA